UGUGACUUUGUGUUUGUGUGUGUUUGUGUGUGUGUGUGCGUGUGUGUGUGUGUGUGUGUGUGUGAGAGAGGGAGAGAGUGUGUGUGACAGUCACCGCCGCGGACUCACUGCGUCUUGACGCGGGGAGGUCGGACUGCUCGGCUCGGGGUGGGGGGACAGAAACACCGAAAACACGCGCGUAAAGACUCCACUCCCGUCUCCCCCCCCCCACACCUUCUUUUAUUUCCUGUCAGCUUUUUCUUUUUUCUUCUUGCGCUCUGUCCCCGCAGCCGCUCCUGAACCCAGGACCGAGUCCUGCUCCUGAACCCGGGACCGAGCCCUGCUCCUGAACCCGGGACCGAGUCCUGCUCCUGAACCCGGGACCGAGUCCUGCUCCUGAACCCGGGACCGAGUCCUGCUCCUGAACCCGGGACCGAGCCCUGCUCUUGAACCCGGGACCGAGCCCUGCUCCGCGGAGGAGGAUGAGGGGAAACUAGGUUUUUCUGGUCCGCGGCGCUUCGGUUGUUUCUCUGGAUUAAUUUGGCGGCGGAGGAGGCGCAGAGAACCGGGAGCGGAGCAGCGCGCACCGACCAGCCGAGGUCCGGGAGAUUUUGCUAAAAUGCAUCAUCAGCAGCGGAUGGCAGCUCUGGGAACAGACAAGGAGCUGAGUGACUUACUGGAUUUCAGCGCAAUGCGAAACAGCGAUUUGAAAAUGUUCCCACCAUCCAUGAUGUUUUCCCCUCCUGCUAGCAGUGGAAAGAACGGACCGACCUCCCUGGGGAGCGGACAUUUCUCCGGCUCAAAUAUGGAGGAGAGGACGAGUGCAGGAUCGUGGGCGAGUGGAAGUCGUUCUUCAAAGAGUUAUGCAGAAGGGUCUCAGUACAUGGCGUCACAUGACAGCCUCUCACCUCCGUACACCAACUCCAGGCUCACAGGUAAAUCGGAGAGGAGCUCCUACUCGUACGGCCGGGAGUCCAACCCCCACUGUCACCAGUCGGUACUGGGCGGUGAACUGGGCUUGGGGAGUCCGGGCACGGCGUCGCCCACCAAGCCGGCCGGUCAGUACUACCAGCACUACAGCUCCAACCCCCGGAGGAGAACACUGCCAAUGGACACCAUGGAGAUUCACACAAAAAAAGUGCGGAAGGUCCCCCCCGGCUUGCCGUCCUCAGUGUACGCACCGUCUGCCAGCACGGCCGACUACAACAGGGACUCACCGGGCUACCCCUCCUCCAAACCUCCCAGCGCCGGCUUCCCGAGCCCCUUCUUCAUGCCAGACGGUCACAGUGGAGAUCACUGGAGCAGCAGCAGCGGCGGCAUGGGCCAGCAAGGUUAUCACGGCAGCAUGCUGGGCGCGGGGAACUCCGCCCACGGCCCCUCCCAGAGCUCCUCCUACUGCGGGAUCCACCCCCAUGACAGACUGAGUUACCCCUCGCACUCGUCUGCAGACCUCAGCUCCAGCCUUCCUCCCAUGUCCAGCUUCCAUCGAGGGGGAGGGGGAGGGGGCGGGGGCGGGGGCAAUCACUACAGCACCGCCUCCUGCACCGCCUCCACCAACGGGACAGAAAGCAUCAUGGCUAACCGAGCACAGAGCGGAGCAGCCAGCAGCUCUCAGACAGGAGAUGCCUUAGGGAAAGCGCUCGCAUCAAUUUAUUCUCCGGACCACACGAACAACAGCUUCUCGUCCAACCCCUCCACCCCAGUGGGCUCCCCCCCCUCCCUCACAGCUGCCAGUUCAGCUGUGUGGUCGAGGAACGGUGGACAGGGAGCGUCAUCGCCAAACUACGAGGCUCCGCUACACUCUCUGCAAAGUCGUAUCGAGGACCGUCUGGAGCGUUUGGACGAUGCCAUCCACGUUCUGCGGAGCCACGCGGUCGGGCCGUCUACGGGUAUGCCCAGUGGCCACGGUGAAAUGCACAACCUCAUCGGGGCGGCGCACACGCACAACGGGGCCAUGGGCGCUCUGACCAGCGGGUACGGGUCGGGACUGCUGUCGGCCAACAGACACGCCCUCAUGGGGGGCUCUCACAGAGAAGACGGCGGGAGCGGUCUGCGCGGCGGACACUCGAUGGCCGGGCCCGGGCCUCAGCUGCCGGCUCAGUCGGCCUCGUCGCCGGACCUGAACCAGCCCGACCCGUACCGCGCUCUGUCCGGAGGUCUUCAGGGCCAGAGCACCUCCUCCGUCAGCUCAGAGAUCAAGUCUGAGGACGAGGGGGACGAGAACCUCCUGCAGGACUCCAAGCCUCUGGAUCCCAAGAGGGAGGACGCCGACUCCAAGGAGCUGAAAGCUAAUGACAGGUCAAGACCUAGCAACAACGAGGACGAGGACCUGUCUCCGGAGCAGAAGAUGGAGAGAGAGAGGGAGCGGAGGAUGGCGAACAACGCACGGGAACGCCUGCGUGUCCGUGACAUCAACGAAGCGUUCAAGGAGCUGGGAAAGAUGGUGCAGCUGCACCUGAAGAGCGACAAACCUCAGACCAAGUUACUGAUCCUGCACCAGGCCGUGGCCGUCAUCCUCAGCCUGGAGCAGCAAGUCCGAGAGAGGAACCUGAACCCCAAGGCCGCGUGUCUGAAGCGCCGCGAGGAGGAGAAGGUGACCGUGUCGUCGGAUGGGACGCCCCUGUCGCUGGCCGCCGCGCACCACGCCGCCGCCUCCGUCAUGGGCGAUGGGUCGAACCCCAUGGGACAAAUGUCGAAGGUGCCGGAGUUCAUCAAGAUGAUGAGUGACCACUUCCUCUGACGCUGUUUCCCUAACGACCAGCAACCAAUCAAACCCGUUGUCGCUUCAGCCCGACCAAUCAGAUCAGCCUCUUUCUCUCCUCUCGUCUGUCGUCUCCGAUCCUCCUCCUCGCCUCUGUCUCCCUCUUCUGUCGAGAACACGAACUGCAGAGUCACACUAGUCGCUUUCGCCACUUCGCCGCUGAAGUGAACCGGACGCUUCUCCUGGAGACGGUGGAACGCGAUGCAGCAGAGGAUUGUGGGAACUUUUCACAACAAAGUGACAGCAACGGACAAAAGUCUUUGGAAUCACAUCAUCCAAGAAAUUCUUCUUGUACUCCUUGUUUUAUCAGCAUUCCCACUUUUAAAGAAUAAAAGGGUUCUAUAUAUAUAAAAAUAUAUAUAGUAUAUAUACGAGAAAAGGAUAAAAAAAAUGAUGAAAACCUUGAUUUUAAAAAGUGCACCGGGACGCAGGCAGCGAGGAGACGAAGGUCGUUCAGAGCGGAAAACAAAACAUAUCACAAAGUGUUUCAAGAGAUUUCUGUUUUUGUUUUUUUUAAAGCAACACCGUGUUGUUGAACGCAGCCUCGCCGCGUCUCUCUGAUUGGUCUGAGGUUUGUUGCUCUUCGGGUGCAGCUGCACCAGCUUUCCCAGCUCCACGAACGCUACGUCGUAACGUACGCAACGAACGCCCCCCUGUGGACGAACUGUGCCUGAUGGUAACCAGUCACACACACACACACACACACACACACACACACACAGAAGCAAAGAUGAUGAACAAAUAAACAGAACAGGACAUUUCCAGGACGUCGGCCGAACACUCACACAUCAGCUCCAAAAACCACGAUUCAAGUACAACGAGAGAGAUUUGGAAUCUGUUCGUGAUCUUAGAGUUUGUAGAAGACGCUUAAGUUCACAAAUGCUUCUUGACUAUCAUAGAUACUCGGACAAACGUGGGGCUCAACUGUAACAAGGGGCCACUCCCCCUCCCCCCCUCCCCCCUCGACUGCAUUCCCUCCCUCCACGUUCAAACUGUAACAUUAAAAAUGAUUAUCAACCUUUCUCCUUUAUUUCAUCAGCGUUUCCUGCUGAGACACAUCGAUCUACGUCAACACACAGACACAAAACCCCUCGACAGUUGUUCCCUGUGUAUCUGCCCAGUACGGAGAGAAUCAAUCAUUGAACCAAUUGAAUCAAUCAACCAGUGAGCGACUCCACCGGCUUUGGGGAGUUUAUAGUUUCUGAAGGUAGAGGAAUAAAGACGGGGAGCAGGAAUCAUGCAAAAACGUUAAAGUGUACUUCUACAGAAAGCUCCAGGAAACAUCUGAGAAGCAUCAUCUGUCGGCAGGAGACUGGUGCUCAGAGGGAGAUGGGAGGAUGAAGGACGACAGGUAGAUGGAGGAGAGGGAGGAGGGCUGGACUGAGCACUGACGUCAAUUCUAUUCCACUUUAAGCACAUUCCCUGAAUUGCAAUCUACUUGAAUCAAACGCUGCCGAUGCCCUGAAGGCCUAAACUGCAGGGGGGGGGGGGGGGGGAGGGCAGCAGGAUUGACCAGAAGAGAGAGAGAGUGAGAAUAGAUCAAGCAAAGGAACAAUCAUUGGGGUUUUUUAAUCUCGGGGCCAAAGUCGUCAAAUCAUUCCUGUAACAGGUUCAUGAGAUCUCCUCUCGGUCCUGAACCUCAAGUCCAGCUUCUAGUCCAGACGUCUCCUCUGCCUCAUUGGCCUGAUCGCAUUUAGCUGCUUCAGGAUCAGUUCUGAUCCCUUUUCCAUCGUCAAUC